AUGACUUCAUUCUUUGGGCGGCUCAAGUCGGGGACUGGUCCCGCCAGUCCAGCUUCAAGCGCGCCUCCAGCGAAGAAGGACCCGAAUGCCCCACAGUUGACGCCUCUCGAGAAGCUGCUACAGGACGCGGGCCCUGUGCGCGCCGAUGGCAGCGACAAGUUUUUUGGCUUCGAGAAUGUGUUUUGGAAGCACAUGGUAAUCGCACUCUGUCCAACCCCUCUGGCAUGGCCAAACUCACACAUUACCAGCUACUGCAAUUCCAUCGUGCAAUGUCUCUACUACUCGGUACCUUUUCGAGAACAAGUCAUCAACUUCCCUUCCAGAUCCCCGCCAGAAGCUCUCGAAAGACCAGCAUCAGGACCAUUACCGCGGCUGAACACGAACCUUUCUCCCGACACAAAUGCGCAGAACUCGACUCUCUCCCCGAAAGGGAGGAAUUCCUUCUCUACACCCGCUACGGCUUCACCAAGAAAGUCCACAAUCACGCCCGGCGGUACUGUGAUCCCGGGCCAACCUCCCAAGCCAGAGGACAACAAAGAUUCGCCCGAGUACAAAAAGAAGCAGGCAUUGGCGGCGGGUCCGGUACUAAGCAUGGACUAUGAGAACUCCAAGGCCUACGGCAUGUCGGAAUCAUUGUUCAGCGCGCUAAAGGACAUAUUUGAGGCAGUAAUAGCUCACAGGUCGCACAUCGGCGUGGUCAGCCCACACAAGUUCCUAGAGAUUUUGCGGCGCGAGAACGAAAUGUUCCGAACGCCGAUGCACCAAGACGCGCAUGAGUUCCUAAACUUGUUGCUAAACGAAGUGGUGGAAAAUGUGGAGCACUUUUCGAAAACGCGGGUGCAUGAGAUAGAGGACAAGGAUACUAACGCUGUCAUACCCCAAUCCAACGCCGUAGUAGACGCGACUGCCUCAAGCAACAUCGGCUGGGUACACGAACUGUUCGAAGGCACGCUUACGUCCGAGACACGAUGUUUGACCUGCGAAAACACUUCUCAGCGAGAUGAGGCGUUCCUAGAUUUGUCGGUGGACUUGGAGCAACAUUCAUCGGUAACGAGCUGCUUGCGGAAGUUUUCCGAAGAAGAAAUGCUUUGCGAACGAAACAAAUUCCACUGCGACAAGUGCGGUGGCUUGCAGGAGGCUGAAAAACGAAUGAAGAUCAAGAGACUCCCAAAGAUCCUCGCCUUACAUCUCAAGCGCUUCAAGUACACCGAAGACCUACAACGAUUACAAAAGCUCUUCCAUCGCGUUGUGUAUCCAUAUUACCUCCGGUUGUUCAAUACAACAGACGAUGCGGAAGAUCCCGAUCGACUCUACGAGCUUUACGCCAUAGUAGUCCACAUUGGAGGUGGCCCGUAUCACGGACACUAUGUAUCGAUAAUAAAGACACAGGAUCGCGGUUGGCUUCUUUUUGACGAUGAGAUGGUGGAGCCGGUGGACAAGGCGUACGUGCGCCGCUUCUUUGGAGGCGAAGACCAGCUGGCAUGCGCAUACGUACUUUUCUACCAGGAGACAACAGAAGAGGCGAUGAUGAAGGAGCAGGAGGAGGAGAGCCUGGCAGCCGCAAAGCAGGCAGCAGAGGUUAACGUCGAGCCUGUCUCUGUCACGACGCCCAAGGCGAAUGGCCAUGGUCUCGCGAACGGCCACGGCAUCAUCCACAAUCUCGCAACAACACCAACCGUAGAAAAGGACGAUCAGUUCGCAAGUCUCGACCACGCUGCGACAGCACCACCUCUUCCCACAUCCGACCACAAUAACACCUUAGAUCACAUCACGACGAGCAUACCAAUACUAGGUAAGCGGCAAAGCAACUUAGCGUCCAAGAAAGAGAAGGCGGAAAAGGUCAAGGAAGAGAAGGAGCGCAAAGCCAUGGAGAAAGAACUCGAAAAACAAGCCAAAGCCAAGCGCAAAGAACUCGAAAUUCAGCGCCGAGACAUGUACCGCAAGCAAGAGGACGACCUGCGAGCGGCCCUCGCCGCAUCGCGCGACACAGCAACAGAAGAGUCCAAGAAACGCGGCACAGAUAGCGGCACUGAUACCCACGAAAAGGAGAAGCCCGCGAAUGGGCUCGGCAGCAUUAGCAAGGGCAGCGGCCUCAGCAGGUUCAGACAUACUAGCAUGAGUCUGAGACACAAGCCGAAGUUCUGGUCGGGAGGAAAAGAGGAGAAGAAGGACGAGCCGGAGAUGCCAAGUACGCCGGGCGUGACAGAAGCGGAACAGACGCCGCAUAGCACACCGGGAGAAAAGGAAAAGAAGAACAGGUUCAGUCUAGGACGGAAGAAGUCGACGUUCCAUCUGUAG